GUUGCCUAUGACGCUAUCGCUACAGUACAAGUCGUUUGAUUACUGCCGAAGUUGUUUUGCGACAUAAAAAAGGGGGAACUACUUAAAAGAAGUGCCUUUUACUGUAUGAGUAUCACUAACUUUCGCUGAACAGUAACAUUUAGUCUGUCUUAAUACCGUCGCCGAAAAUACUGUCUUUUGAAAGAGUUUAUAAUCAAGUAUCGGUGCCGGUAGCCUAAAUUAUUAGAUGUGUAUCAUAAGCUGUCGUCUGGUGACUUCAACGCAACGCAUUUUGUUGUGGGGAUUCUCGAACAAUGCAUAUACGCGAAUACCGUUGAUUUUAGACUACGUUUCGAAAGUCGCCAUAAGAUACUCAUCAAAUAAACUGUACAGAUGUUACGGGUUAAAUACUUUGAGUUCAUGUAAUAUUAAGCCUGAAACCAGAUCCUUUCUGCCAGCAUGGUUUCACACGUCUACUACAACAAGUUUGUCGCAUGCAGACCGGAUUUUUAUGCCAGUGGAAGAGUUUAUUCGCGCAAAAGAGGAGAAACAAAUUGGAGAAAAUAAUAAUCAGGAUGAAAACAAUAAAUCAAAUAAUCGUGUUAGUGAACGAGUGUCUAGUGAGAGUACCGAAGAUAGACAGAAGAACGUAGAAGAUGUUUUGUUCGAAAUGUUUCAAGACACCAACGAGAAAGUUUCCGUGGCCAAGUUUUUAACUGCCCUAUCUGCUACUGGUUUGAGAAAAGGAGAUCCUCGGUUGAAAGAGAUGAUGACCCAACUACGAACUGUCCACAAACAGACUCCUGAUGUGGGUUCACCAGAAGCUCUCUACUUAGACAAGGCCACAUUUAAAAAAGUGGUUCGGGAAAACAUUGUCCUGAUCAGUCGAGCAUUCCGCCACCAUUUUGUAAUUCCCGACUUCCAAGACUUCAUCAAAAUCAUCAAAGAUUUUUACUGGAAGUGUAAAGUUAAUACUAGAGGGAAGAUUGCAGAUUACAUUCCACAGUUAGCAAAGUACAAACCAGACUACUGGGGAGUCUCUCUUUGUACAAUAGAUGGACAGAGGUAUUCUGUUGGAGAUACCGAGGAGCCAUUUACUAUCCAGUCUUCAGGAAAACCUCUUAACUAUGGCAUAGCUCUAAGUGAGCUCGGUUCCGACAUCGUACACCAGUACAUUGGCCAGGAACCUAGUGGUCGCAUGUUUAAUGAACUGGUGCUGGACUAUGACAGUAAGUUAGUGUCAGUUCAUGCUUUGUGUGUAUGUUUUAGGUCAAAUCUUGGCCAACAAAAUGCACCUGAGAUGAGAGUGUCAGAGAAAUUUGACUGGAUAACACAAUAUUACAAAGCUCUGGCAGGAGGUGAAUACCUAGGCUUUAAUAAUGCCACAUUUCUCUCUGAGCGAGAAGCAGCUGAUAGGAACUACGCCAUAGGAUUUUACAUGAAAGAGAAUAAAUGUUUCCCUGAAAAAGGAACUUUGAAAGAAAUUAUGGACUUUUACUUCCAGGUGUGUUCUUUGGAGGUAAAUUGUGAAACCAUUAGUGUUAUGGCUGCCACUCUUGCUAAUGGGGGAAUCUGUCCAAUCACUGGCCAGCAAGUAAUAGACAGCCAUGCCGCCCGGGACGUCCUUUCUUUGAUGCAUUCUUGUGGAAUGUAUGACUACUCUGGCCAGUUUGCCUUUAAGGUGGGGCUACCAGCAAAGUCAGGUGUAUCAGGGUGUACCAUGGUUGUGGUUCCUAAUGUUAUGGGCAUCUGUCUGUGGUCACCACCUCUUGAUGCUUAUGGUAAUUCAGUACGUGGAGUCCAGUUCUGUGAG